AUGAACUGCUUUUUCUGCACAAUGAACAGCAGACUAUUGAAGAGACUCCUCGCUCUGUCCAUCUUAUCUUCCUUGGCUAUAACAGUCUACGUUUCCAUCAGGAAGCACCCGGUAACACCGUAUAACUCUAUGGCCAAGACAUCGCUAGCAAUUUCGUUCGUGUCUCAGAAACCAACGAUGGUGAAACCAGUUGAGCAAACGACUCGAAGGGUAGAUGCUGUCGAGAAAAAGCCUCUAGCAGUAGAUGCUGUGGAGAAAAAGCCUCUAGCGGUAGAUACUGUUGAGAAAAAUGAUGAAGUGGUAGAUAAUGAGAAGAAAAAGCCCCAAGAGGUAGAAAAUGAGAAGGUAGAUAAUGUGGAGAACAAACCUCAAGAGGAAGAUAAUGUGGAGAAAAAGGAUGAAAAGAUGGAUAAUGUGGAGAACAAACCUCAAGAGGUAGAUCAUGUGGAGAAAAGGGAUGAAGAGGUAGAUAAUGAGAAGAAAAAGCUCCAGAAGGUAGAUAAUGAGAAGAAAAAGGAUCAAGAGAAAGAUAAUGUGGAGAAAAAGCCCGAAAAGGUAGACAAUGUGGAGCCUAAGCCUCAAGAGGUACAUAACGUGGAGCCUAAUCCUCAAGUGACCCAAGGCUUAGAUCCUCUGAGAAACAUCACCAAAGCAGGAAAAUACUUCUUUUUCAAAGUGGAGAGUGACGAGGGGAUAAAGAACUUCAGCGACGCCAUCACGUUGUCCCCAAACAUCAAGAACAACUUCAACUACAGCUUUCCUCUCCCAGGAAAAAACGUCUGCGAUGGAGAGCCUCCUUAUCUCUUUCUGCUGAUUCUGUCUACGGUGAAAGAUUUCGAAAUGCGGGCGGCCAUACGAGAAACGUGGCUGAAAGCUGCUGAAGAAAAUAAGUGGCCGAGGUAUAGCAUCACGAAAAAAAUCGUUCACGUUUUCAUGCUUGGCAACAGUUCCAGCUAUCGCAACGAGACCAUAAGGUCCAGACUGUUUCGGGAAUCGCAAGAUUUCAAAGAUAUCAUUCUCGCAGACUUUCAAGAUUCCUACCGUAACCUUUCCCUCAAGGUUCUCGGGGGGCUUUCGUGGACUCUAAAGAACUGUCGACAAGCGCAGUUUGUGGUCAAAGUAGAUCUGGACACGGCGCUCAAUGUCCCUCAGCUCAUAGCUGUCAUAAAUAACGUCACAGAAUCUUUAAAAACGGAGAACUUUGUACUGGGCAGAAUCCACCGAGCCUCGGUCGUGGACAGAUACGGAAAAUGGAAGGUGGAGAAAGAGUCGUACCCGUUGUGGGGCUACCCGACCUACAUGUACGGACACUCGUAUGUGGUGGGGCGGGCUGCUACGUCACGGCUUGUGGCAACGGCCGAGAGACUCACUGUUCUGGCCCCCGAGGACGCCUUUCUCACCGGAGUGGUGGCCAAGAAGGCAAAUGUCACCAGAGUGGCUGCCCCUAGCUUCACCAUUUACAUGAGGAAAAUCUACAACUGCGAGCUGGUGUGGGGCUCCUAUGUGGACAUCACUGAGGUGAAGAGUCCCAGACUGCUGUAUCGUCUGUGGGCGGACAUGCUGAACAAUACCUGUGAUCCACACACCGAUUUUCGCAGUCUUCUUUGACGGAAU